UACGAAUCUUUAACUAUCUAAACCUUCAAGUAUUUGAAAUAUGAAACUUCAGGCAUCUGCAUUAGGGGCGCCAAAAGUGAAUCUUCUGAAAAAUAUUCGACCUAUGGAUCUUUAUCAAAAUAUACAUUCUUUUCAGGCAUCGGUAUUGAUGUCACUUGCAAUCGCCGUCGCAGCCCGACCCGAGACUCCUUCCUACUCUCCUCCAGCUCACCCAGCCCCUUCGUACUCGCCUCCCAGCCCAUCCUACAUCACACCCGUCCAUCCUUCUCCUUCCUACCGUGCUCCCACAUAUAACGAUGUUCCAGCCCAGUACAACACGCAGUAUGCCGUGAACGACGAAUACUCUGGAAACAACUAUGGACAUCAAGAGGACCGCGAUGGCUACAAAACUCAGGGAACGUAUUAUGUGCAGCUCCCCGACGGUCGUCUGCAGAAGGUCACCUAUUACGUUGAUGGCGAGUCCGGCUACGUGGCAGAGGUCACCUACGAAGGGGAAGCACAGUAUCCAGCUUAUCAGCCCGCUCCAUCAACUUCUUAUCAGCCCGCUCCUUCGCCGUCAUACGCCUAAUUCAGAUGCUGUAUCCCGUAAACAUGGACAGAGGAAGCCAUAAUUUAUUUAUAAUAAAUAUCAUACCUGCUGC